UGUAAGCAUUUACAUGACGUGCGCUGCAUCCCCUUCGUGUCGGGGCCGAGUCUCGAGACGUCUCCAAUUGCUCCUCCCCUUUCGUCAUCCCUCUCAUGACCAACUCGAUGCUGUGCCUCCAUUGACCAAUUGCAUGUCCAGAUCCGGAUCUGUUCUCAAUUGCUCAUAUGAAGCUGCAUAUUCUGGUCACCGAGACGAAUGGCCGCCAUCUGUCUGCCUUGCCUCACUCUCAACCGGAUUGCAGCCCUUCUAUUUCUGGUUUGGCGAGCAGAACAAAAUAGGGGCAUUGGGGCCAAGUUAUGUGGCAUGAUAAUACCAGGACGCGCCUGUCUGUCGCGGUUGGACCAGACGCCAUUGACGACGUGGUUGCUCAGUGCUGUUGCACGAAUAUGAAAGGACCACCUCAUAUUACUUUGUCAGAGUCUCGAAACAAGGUCAUGCAGCAGACGAUGUUGGACGACAGGCUGGAAGCGUGGCAACUGCAGGGACUCCCAGACCUCUCCGCCAGCAUGUCACGCCCUGCGAGUAAAGUCAGGGCAGCAAACGAGCGAGCCCGCAGGAUGCCGGCAUUGGCCUAUCGGGCAGUCAAUCAGGUGCGGCCCGGGAAACGUCGAUCGCGACGUGCAGAGGUGUCGCGCAUGCUUGGGGUCCGUUCGUCCAAACGAAAUCUCAAGGGUGGCGCUCUCAUGAUGAGGUGUGAGAGUACGGCAUGAUAUUGCUUCCAAUGCUCGUGGAUGGCUGCGGAUUCGCAUGCGAUCAUGGGCCUCAGGUCUAGAUUACCAGUGUGUAUAUUGGCGGACUCUUC